UACAGAGACAGAGGGAUGCAGUGAAUGGGAGAGCCUGCUGCAGACUCUCUCUCUCCUCCUCCUCUUCUCCUUCUUCUUACCUCUUUCACUGAACGCACUUAGUGUGCUUUCUCCUCUGCAGUCUGCUUAUCUCUUCCCGUAAAGGAAUGCAUCAAUAAUUUGAUUUCCAACAUAAUUCAGUGAACUGAUUUAUGUAGAAGUGCCUACUCUGGAAUAUGUGAGUGGCACCAUAAACUACUAUAGUUGGUGUGUAUGUGCGUUUGUAGUGUUUGGUGCCCACUGAGCUUCAGAGUUCCUGCAUCUCUGGUACUGAUCCACUGAGUUUGACGUACUUGAUGCUCAGGAAGAAGGGCUCGGAGCUGUCCAAGGACCGCGAGGUUCUGCUGGAUCUGGAACACACUGGAGAAUCGUACGGCGCUGAGUGUUAUGGAAGCUUGGAGAAUGGAGGCUUCAUUCCUCCUCGAUAUCUGAAUGCUGCUGUGGAUGACAAAGAUGAUCCUAUCUAUGUUCAGUGUGAGAAGACAGCCACUCCACCAGCUCGGCCUCCGGGCAACUACUUCAGAGAUGGCCGAACUAAAAUAGAUUUUGUGCUGGUGUGGGAAGUGAAGUCACGCAGGAAGCGGAGAGCUCAAUGUGAAGGCCCAGGAGACCCCCAGGAGGAUGAGGAGCAGGUGAUCCAAGAGGAGAGCAGAUCUGAGAAGAGGAAAGCACAGCUUGCCAGAUUGAGGGACAAGUUCAUUCAGAAUCUACAGAGUGCUGGUCUUCUUUUAGAAAAGGAGGAAUCAUCCAGUGUAAAAAAGACAGUACAUUAUUUGAAGCUCAGUGCUCCCUGGGAGGUGUUGGUGUACUAUGCUGAAGAAUUAUGCCUUAGAGCACCGCUACAGGCACAGCCGCAUCCAGAUUUUAACACCUCAGCCCGGGUUCUCCAAAAACUCUGGGUGCCAAACAUCAUGGCAGACUCCGUGCCUAACAGGCCAGUGGACUACUACACAUGUGCCUUCCGCAGGUCCAAGAUGGAAAAGUUUCUGGGCUGUGAGGAUCAUGAGAAUUAUUUCACCAACACACAGAGACAUCGUAUCGUGUAUGAGAUCUUAGCAAGGACAGUAUAUGGCAAAAGGAAGCGAGCUGAGGUUGGAGUGGCUCGACUGUUAAAUGAAGGUGCCUUCAAAGCAGCAUUCCCGCUACAUGACGGUCCCUUUGAGCUACCAGGAUAUGAGAUCUCUCCUGAUCAGUUAAACAGGAGGCAGGUCCUAUAUCACUACUGGGCUCGCUGGUCCAAAUGGUACAAGUACCAGCCAUUGGAUCAUAUACGAGAAUACUUCGGGGAAAAAAUAGCCCUUUAUUUUGCAUGGCUUGGCUUUUACACAGUGUGGCUCCUUCCUGCAGCUAUAGUCGGGACCCUUGUUUUUGUCUCAGGCAUCAUGACUAUGGGAUCCAACACCCCAGCGAAAGAAAUCUGUGAAAGUGGUGGCCGCUACCUUAUGUGCCCUCUCUGUGAAACCUGCAAACCCUGGAAUAUGUCUGACAUUUGCCCCAUGGCUAAGGUGGGUUAUCUGUUUGACCAUCCUGGCACGGUGUUCUUUAGCGUGUUCAUGUCCUUCUGGGCCAUCACUUUCCUGGAGUACUGGAAACGCAAGAACGCUACUCUGGCUCAUCACUGGGACUGCAUGGACUUUCAUGAAGAGGAGGAGCCUCCACGGCCUGAGUUUGCCGCCACGGCCCCUGCAAUGGAGGAGAACCCUGUGACUGGAGUGAAGGAGCCUUACUUCCCAGAAAAAGCCCGGCUCUCCCGUAUGUUCACCGGAUCAAUGGUCAUCAUCAUAAUGCUGUGCGUGGUGAUGAUAUUCCUAGUGACUGUCAUCAUCUACCGCAGUAUAGUGAGUGUGAUGAUGUACGAGACAGGGAGUUCCAUGCUGCGCACUCAGGCUGGGAACAUUGCCAACAUCUCCAGCAGCAUGGUGAACCUGGCUCUGAUCUUGCUGAUGGGGCAGGUGUAUACAGCACUAGCAGAGCGACUCACAAAAUGGGAAAUGCACAGGACACAGACACAGUAUGAAGACGCAUUUACGUUUAAGGUGUUCAUCUUCCAGUUUGUCAACUUCUACUCCUCCCCUUUUUAUGUGGCCUUCUUCAAAGGAAGAUUCGUCGGUUACCCUGGUCACUAUGGCACUUUAUUUGGGAUGAGGAACGAGGAUUGCGGUCCAGGGGGCUGCCUGAUCGAGCUGGCUGAGCAGCUCUUCAUCAUCAUGAUGGGGAAACAGCUCAUCAACAACAUUCAAGAAUUCGUCCUACCUAAAGUAAAGGCGUGGAGACAGAAAAAGGCCCUGACAUCAGUGAAGAAGGCUCAGAGUGGCCGGAAGGCACAGCGCUGGGAGGAGGACUACGAGCUGAUAGAGUGUGAAGGCCUGUUUGAUGAGUAUCUUGAGAUCGUGCUGCAGUUUGGCUUUAUCACCAUCUUUGUGGCUGCGUUCCCGCUUGCUCCACUCUUUGCUCUGCUGAAUAACUGGGCCGAAGUGAGACUGGAUGCGCACAAGUUUGUGUGUGAAUAUCGGCGGCCCGUGGCUGAGAGAACGCAGAAAAUCGGAGUGUGGUUCAUCAUUCUUGAGGCCCUUUCCCACCUUUCUGUCCUUGUGAAUGCUUUCCUGAUUGCAUUCACAUCUGAUUUUCUGCCUCGGCUGCUGUACCAGUAUAAGUUUGAUAAUGACUUAAAUGGUUAUGUGAACUUCACACUGGCGUACGCGCCACCCAGCUACAACUACUCUAGCCAUGGCAAGUGCAGAUACAAGGCUUUUCGAGAUGAAAAUGGGAAGUACACUCUAGUGUACUGGGAACUUCUCGCAGUCAGACUUGGCUUCAUCAUUGCAUUUGAGCAUGUGGUGUUCUUUGUGCUGCGCCUGAUUGACUGGAUGGUUCCGGAUAUACCGGAAUCUCUGGAGCUUAAGGUAAAGCGGGAGCGCUACCUGGCCAAGCAGGCUUUAGCUGACAACCAGGAGGCGCUGUUGCAAGCGACACGCCUGGCAACUUGAGGCGAGUCUGCAGGGUCUGAGGGUCUCCAGGAGAGGGUGCACUUAUAAAGCAAGGGCUGGACCCCAUCAACAAUCAGCACACAGUAACAGACUUCCAAAAAAAAAAAAAAAAGAAAAGAUUUGCACAAGUUUUGGACUGUGUGAUGUUUUGGUGAGUGCGUGUUUUCAGCUGUUUUCAUUGGAUGGUUGUGUAUGUACACAUUUCUGAGAGAGCAUGCCUGUUUCAUUCAGACGUUUCCAUCUGGUGCACUUGUAAUGCCAAAAAAAAUAAAAAAUUCAAAACUAUUAUGCCAAAACAAGGCUUGAGUAGAGACUUUCAACCAACUACAUUCCAUCCUACACUUCAUCAAACUGUGAUAAGAUCCUGAUAUAAGAAAAGUGAGAUGUUUUUUCUAUGAUAUAUAUUUGUACCAAGGACAAAGUGUACCCAAAAGUGUGUAAAAAUGGAGUUCAGCUGGAGUUCAUCCUGUACUGGUGUAUGGAUUGCUUCUAUGUAAUAAAAUUAACAUUCAUGUGCAUCCACACGAGUUUUUUUCCCAAA